UUUUUUGUUUACUAACAUGUGAUUUUUUCUGGAAUAGUUUGGAUUAUGACAAAAAAUUUUUAUGAUUUAAUGACAUUACUGGGAACAAAUAGCGAUAUUUCGUGUUCAUAUUCGGAUUUGCUCAUCUUCAGUAAUCAAUGACGAAUUAUUUCAAGGAAUUUUUCAGGGUUUUGGUUAGACAACUUAACCUCAAAAAUAUAUUUAUUUUUCAAAACAUGGUCAAUAUCGGGAGGAUUAUUACAUGUUAUGUAAAUUUAUCAAUUAGAACGACAUUUAAUAGAUUAUUUAGUACAAACCUUAAACAUACAGAAUAUAUAAAAAAGUUUAAAUUAGAUAUGCCAAAACUUCGUGAGAAUCCAAUUAUUAUGAAAUUAGAAAGUCCUGAAUUUAAAUCAAUAUUUACACCAGAAUUAGAGAGUUUAAUAAAAAUUUUCAAUAAGCAUGGAUAUGAAAUUCGAGUUGCUGGCGGAGCUGUGAGAGACAUAUUGAUGGAAAAACAGCCAAAAGAUUUAGAUUUUGCCACUACGGCUACACCAGAACAAAUGAAAGAAAUGUUUACGGCUGAAGAAAUUCGUAUGAUUAAUGAUAAAGGAGAAAAACAUGGCACAAUUACACCCAGAAUAAAUGAUAAAGAAAAUUUCGAAGUAACAACAUUGCGGAUAGAUGUUGUUACAGAUGGAAGACAUGCAGAUGUUGUUUACACAACUGACUGGAUGUUAGAUGCGAAUCGAAGAGAUUUAACUAUUAAUUCAAUGUAUUUAGGUUUGGAUGGUUCAGUUUAUGAUUAUUUUUAUGGAUAUGAUGACUUAAAAAAGAAACGGGUCGCUUUUGUUGGGGAUCCAGAUACUCGAAUAAAAGAAGAUUAUUUACGAAUUUUACGCUAUUUUAGGUUUUAUGGGAGAAUUGCAUCACGACCGGAUAAUCAUGAAGACAGCACAUUACAUACAAUUAGUGAAAAUAUUAAUGGAUUAGAACGAAUUUCGGGUGAACGAAUUUGGUCAGAACUGAAAAAAAUAUUGGAAGGAAAUUUUGCUGGUGAAUUAAUGAAAACAAUGCUUCAUGUUGGCAUAGCAAGAUAUAUAGGUUUACCAGAAAAUCCAAAUGAAAAUGAAUUUGAUAUCGUAUGGAAACGAUGUCAAAAUAAUAAAAUGCAUCCAAUCACACUUUUAACAGCUUUACUCCAUGAUACAAAUGAUGCUGUAAAAUUGUAUGAACGAUUAAAAUUCAGUGCUUAUGAAAGAGAUUUAGCAAUUUUUAUAACUCAGCAUAGACAUGAUGAGAAAGUAGAUGUGAAACCAUUACUACCUUAUCAAAAAUUAAUAUUAUCAUUUAACAAACCUAAAGAUACAAAAGAGUGGGUACAAGAAGUAUUAAAAUAUCGAAAUGAUACAAAAUUAUUAGAAGAAUUAGAAAAAUGGGAAAUACCAAAAUUUCCACUCAGUGGCAAAGUAUUAAUGAAUGAGUAUAAUCUUAAAGCCGGACGUAUGGUUGGUGAAAUUAUCAAACAAUUAAAAUUACACUGGGCCGAAAAUGGUUUUGGUAUGACUACUGAAGAUUUAUUAAAAGCAGCACCUAAAAUAAUAGAAGAAGUUGAAAACAAAAUAAAACUUACAAAAUCGUAGUUAAAUUAUUUUUAUUAUUUAAAUUUGUAAAUUUUCCCAUCCAUUUUUUUUUAUUGUAAUAAAA